AUGGUUCGCUUUAUUGCAAGAUUGAGAGCAAAACGGCAAGCAAAGAAGGAACUUCGAGAGAAUAGCAAAGCUCAAAAGGCUGCGCUAAAGUUGACUAAUGAAGAGCAACGGAAUAACAGAAGUAUAGGAGAAGAUGUUGUGGAAGACUCCACUGAAUCCAAUGGUGAAGACUUUCAACAGUCAGCAGUCAUUACUCGGCAUACUGCGAAGCAGGAGAGUAAACUCAGAAAGAAGGAGGCAAUAAAGAAGAUAAUUGCUCAUGCCAACAGCGGUUGGGAAAGUGAAUCUAAUGAGGAGUCAUCAAUAGUAGAUGAGGUGACCGAAACUAAGAAGGAAAGUUCAGAUUCAGAUUCCUAUAUAAACUUAGACAGGGAAUCUUCGGAUGAGGAGUCUUCAUAUGAGGAAUCCUCGGAUGAGGAGUCUUCGGAUGAGGAGUCUUCAGAUGAGGAGUCUUCAGAUGAGGAUUCUUCAGAUGAGGAGUCUUCGGAUGAGGAUUCUUCAGAUGAGGAAUCCUCGGAUGAGGAGUCUUCGGAUGAGGAGUCUUCAGACGAGGAGUCUUCAGAUGAGGAUUCUUCAGAUGAGGAGUCUUCAGACGGAGAUUCCUCCGAAGAAACAUCGAGCUCGGAUUACUCAGAGGAAGAUUCCUCCGAGGAUGAUAUAGAUGAUUCUACACAUUCAUCGACAGGGUCUGUUGAGGAAGUGAAGCCAAAAUCAAAUUCCUAG